AUGGAACAUCAACUACAGUGGGAUCUGGAGAUCGUAAAGAACCAUUUCAAGCCGUCGCACGAUUUGGACCAAUUCGAAAUCUGCCAACUAUGCCCCUCCAUGUACAUGAUCCCACUGAAGAUCAAGCCAGAUACAGACACGUUGCAGACUAUUCUGAGCCGGUAUGCAUCUCCGGUCUGCGUAUACUGUCGCAUCAUCUGGAGCACAUAUGCCCGGAUGACAACCUCGCCCAGCGUCAUUCAUGCAUUUCGACCUCAGUUUUCAGAUUUUGACGGUGAGGGCAUUGUGCUCACGCAUGCGAAGUGGGACGAAUGGAGAGAUGAUGGCCUCGGUGAGAAAGUUGUUAUAAAGAUGGCCGUCGAGCUACAUUCCGAGAUGGAGGGUGGCUUUGCAGCUAGCGCUCCGCAGGUUGAGCACGAUCUCAGCAAGGGAGAACUUUGGCAGUCAAUUUUGGAGCGCCUCGAGACCUGUGCGGGAGCACAUGAGGAAUGCCAAGGCGAUCCCUGCCCGACACUUCCUCGCCGAGUCCUCGACUUGCAAAAUCAGACCUGUCCAGUCCUUGUUGAUGCUGCAGACUUAGCGAGUACCUCUCGGUAUGCGGCACUGAGUUAUUGCUGGGGCGGAGCACAGUUCCUGAAAACGACCAAAGAGAAUAUCAAUCAACACAAACAAGGGAUUGCGCUGGGUUCUCUCCCAUCGUUGUUCCAGGACGUCAUCACGGUUACUUGCAACCUCGAUAUCCGAUAUCUAUGGAUCGACAGCCUGUGUAUCAUACAAGAUAGUAAGCGGGACUGGGAAGUCGAGUCGAGCAAAAUGCAGCACAUCUUUGCAAAUAGUUUCGUGGUUUUGGCGCCAAGCAACUCGCCAAAUCCACACGUUGGAAUCAAGCUAAGGCGGCCUGACCCUAUCGAAGUAGACACGGUCGAUAUACCGCUCGUUGGUCAACCAGGAGAAACUUGCAGAUGGCCAAUCAUUGCCCGCCAUCCCAUCGCACACAUCGGCUGGGGUCAUGACAACAAGCUGGAAGACCACAGCUACCUUGAGACGCGGGCGUGGUGUUUUCAAGAGGCGACGCUCGCCAGGAGAGUGUUGUACCUGCUCGAUGAAGAGAUCAGGAUCCGGUGCAGCCGGGCGUACUACUGUGAGUGUCUGGGCGAUGAAUGUCCCCUGGACGCUCAAGAUACGGUCAGUAAAUGUUUGCACCAAGCUCCCGCUCUGAAAGAGUCCAGCACAUUGUUUGAAACUCACCAGCAGUGGACAAAGCUGGUGGGCGAUUACUCCGGGUUGGACAUCUCGUUCUCCAAGGAUCGUCUCCCUGCGUUUGCAGGGAUCGCAGCGGCAUUCCAGCAGCCUCGUCUAGGCAAGUAUCUUGCUGGGACUUGGGAGAACCACCUGCCUAGCUCUCUGCUCUGGGAGAGAGCCGACUUGGAUGGGCAUCUCCACGGCAAGAUACCUGAAAGAAGCCCGCAAGCCAUUGCGCCGUCGUGGUCGUGGCCAUCGAUCAAUUGUGGCGUGCUCUACAUGUUUCAUAAAGUCAAUCUCUAUGCCGAAGGGAUCAUCGUUGAAUCCCAUUGUCCACCAGUUGGAGAAAACCCAUUUGGCCAGGUCAAUGGUGGAUAUAUCAAGUUGAGAGCACCAUUGGCAUUGCCUUUGUCGAUCAGCUACGUCCGCAAUAAGUGGACAGUCAGGCCGACGCCUAGUUUUCGUACUCCAGAGACAGAUGUAUUGCCCAGAAAGUUCCAUUCUGUUGGGUCAGGACUAACAAUGGCCAGCGUAAACCAAGUUGCGGGUGAGGAAGAAUCCUUGACGGAUUCUAGCAGUUGGACGGAAGAGAUAGACAGUCCCUCCAUCAGCUUUGACACCGCGGACGACUUUCAUUCUGAGUUCAAGGAUCAACUUGUCCUUGCAGGAUUUCGUGGCUUCAACGAAGAGACCUCAUCUGAGGGUUGGUAUGUGCUCGUCCUUUUGCCUUUGAGCGAUCAACAUGAGUACAGGCGAGUGGGACUUGUGACAGAUCAUCGAUCUUACCAACCAGAAGCGCCAGAGUGGGAUGAGUUCUUCCAGGGUGUUGAACCGAGCACAAUCGUGAUUCUCUGA